GGGCAGUGUCCGCGAGAUGAUGGUUACAACCACAAGCAUGUUACGUACCUCGGUGUAGCGAGUGCUUUCUUUUUAAACGCUUCACGUUCCCGAAGCAGUGCAGGAUCCAUUUUUACACACACCAACUUUAUAUGAUAUCAGUUAAAGCAUUAAAAUGUGGCUCCAAAGGUGUGUGGUUGCCAUUCUGUUGACAAUAUGUGUGUCUGCCGAAGAGCUGACUUGGCGAUGGGUGUGCGAGAAAAAUAAUUGUGUCAAGACCCGCAAUACCCCUCAGAAUGAGGACCCCGUCCUCAGCAUGGAAGCUUGCAAGAUGUUCUGUGGGGAAUUCGGUUUACUAUGGCCACGGCCGACUGGACACGUAGAUCUGGGCAACUUCUUGACCAAGAUCAACAUUAAUAAGGUGGAGCUGAAUGUGGUCAAUGGAGGACGAUCAUCCGAUUACAUGAAGAAUGCUGGAUACAGAUUCAAGGAUUUGUUGGCAAAGGCGAUACCUAGGGGUGUAACCCCGAAACCAACGGGGAAACCGGUGUCAGUAUUAAUUGACAAUGAAAACCCUAAUAUCAAAGAAUUUUCGUUGGACAUGGACGAGAGUUACUCCCUUCGUAUCGAAGUAACUUCAGAUAGUAUCAACGCUACCAUCAAGGGAGGCACGUUCUUCGGAGUAAGACACGGACUUGAGACCCUUUCUCAACUCGUUGUCUACGAUGACAUUAGGAAUCAGAUGCUGAUUGUUCGCGAUGUGUCCAUCAGUGACAAGCCUGUGUACCCCUACCGAGGCAUACUCCUUGACACGGCUCGCAACUUCUACACGAUCGACGCCAUCAAGGCCACCAUCGAUGCAAUGGCUGCUGUGAAGCUGAACACCUUCCAUUGGCACAUCACUGACAGUCAGAGCUUCCCCUUCGAGAUGAGCAAGAGGCCUGAACUGACCAGGUUGGGAGCCUACUCUCCAUUUAAAGUGUACACGAAGAAUGACAUAGCUGAAGUUGUGGAGUACGCUUUAGUGCGCGGUGUGCGCGUGUUGCCAGAGUUCGAUGCGCCUGCGCACGUUGGCGAGGGCUGGGAGGAUACUGGCCUUACUGUCUGUUUCAAGGCUUCACCAUGGAGACACUACUGCGUGGAACCUCCUUGUGGACAGCUGAACCCAACUCGCGAGGAGUUAUAUGAAUAUCUCGAAGACAUCUACUCAGAAAUGGCUGAAUCGUUCCAGCCUGAUAUAUUCCACAUGGGAGGUGAUGAGGUCAGUUUCAAGUGCUGGAACUCUUCAGAAGAAAUCCAGAACUUCAUGAUUCAGAAUAGAUGGAAUCUGGAUUCCGCCGGCUUCUUGAAACUUUGGAACCUUUUCCAGACGAAGGCAGAAAACAGGGCCUACAAGGCAUUUAAUAAGAAACUACCUUUAAUCCUGUGGACCAGUACAUUAACAGACUACAAUACUGUCGACAAGUAUUUAGACAAAGAUAAAUACAUUAUUCAGGUGUGGACAACUGGAACGGACCCUCAAGUUGAAGGACUUCUGAAGAAGGGCUACCGACUCAUUAUGUCCAACUACGACGCUCUGUACUUUGAUUGCGGAUUCGGAUCCUGGGUUGGCAAAGGUAACAACUGGUGUUCCCCAUACAUCGGUUGGCAUAAAGUGUACGAAAAUAGUCCCGCUGCAAUCGCUGGACACCACAAGGAUUUGAUUCUUGGCGGCGAGGCGGCGCUGUGGUCGGAGCAGUCGGACUCGGCGACGCUGGACGGACGGCUGUGGCCGCGCGCCGCCGCGCUGGCCGAGCGACUCUGGGCCGAGCCGCAGACAGACUGGAAGGCCGCCGAGACACGCAUGCUGCACAUACGAGAACGGUUAGUUCGCAUGGGUGUCCAGGCUGACUCCUUGGAACCGGAAUGGUGCUAUCAGAACGAGGAUCAGUGCUAAGCGUGACAUAAUAAUACACUUCAUUGUGACUUGUGAUACCGUAUGGACUGUCACAAUCCAAUUUAUCUAGUACUUGGCAUAAUAAGAGCUGCGGUCACGUACAGAUACGCAACAAUUUCAUUAGACAACUUUUGGUAAUAAUAAUUGUCAAUUAUAAAUAUUUGAGUGCCUCGCUUUUCUUGCGGUCAACGGUGCUCGGUGUAUGGCAAUUGGCACCUACCCUUUUACACGGAGACUUACAUAGCGGUUUUUCACAUUUAGAAUGUGCACUACUGCUCAGUCCUAGGGUGUAUAGGGCAAGACAAUAAGUGCAAAUAUGAAAUUAAAAACUUAAAGUGAUGUUUUCCAUCACUCAUUGUAUUUCUAGAAAGAAAUUAAUCAUGUUAGCAUUCCAUUGAUAACAUACUCUGUGUCAUUACACGUUGCCUUAUGAAAGUUAAGUAAUAAGUGAGUACAAUUGGCUUAAAAGUCAAGCAACAUUAAUAAAAUUGUCUCAAAGGGACACUAAAUGAGUUUUCUCUUGUAUCAUGUUGCCAAAUAAGGAAUUGUCUGGUGAAACGCGGCUUAUCUCUGUCAUCGGUACGACGAGGUAACUUGAAUCACUGUGAUCGACUCAUUUACACAUACUUAGGUUAACGUAACGUCUCGUAAUAUUUUAAAACGAACGUGUUUUAUAUCAGUAACAAUAAUUACGAUUAUAAUAAUUUUAAGUAUAAUAUGUAAUAACUUUACAAUAUUUUUAUUUGUAAUAAAACAUUUUAAAUGUG